AUGUGCUGUAAUGGGGGAAAAGUCUCUCUUCCCCGAGUAAAUGCUCCUCAGGAAUUGCUUGAAAUCUUCUUGGACCCCUCUGCAGAAGGAAACCAUUUUAGAAAACAUAUUCGUGGAUACAAUCAUAAUAGGAUGCUAGAGAACACACAACUACAUGAAAUAUUAGUUUUCAAGUUACAACAAUUGCUACACCGGUAUAAUCCUUUUCUCCAUGUGUUUCGCCAGCUUGCACAACGGUCAGAUGUACAUGAGUGUAGUUUGGUCAUUAGAGAGCGACCUGCUAAUCAGCCACAAUAUAGUCUUCCAACUGCGUCGCAGGUAGCAGCCAUAAUUGUUGGUGAUGACGUUGAAACAAUGAUUCGUGGGCGAGAUAUUAAGGUGCAAACUCAUGCUGGUAGCCUAGGAAGGAUUCAAGAAUUCGUUGGCUAUUACGAUCCACUACAAUAUCCUCUUCUUUUUCCAUUUGCAACUCAUGGAUGGGAUAUCAAUACCCGAAGUCAAAGUGGCGGUAAAGUAUCGUGUCGAAUAUAUAAUAGUUAUAUGCUCCAGAUCCGCCCCGAUGAUCAUUCCACCGUAUUGCAAGCAGGACGACUACUACAACAAUAUAUUGUUGAUAACUAUGUGAAAAUUGAAACCGAAAAGUUAAGAUGGGUUCGACAUAGACAGAAGAAAUUACGGGCUGAAUUAUACCAAGGUUUACAAGAUGCUUUGCACACAGGAGAAACUAAUGCAGAAAAUGUUGGAAGAAAAAGAACAAUAUUACCAUCGUCGUUCAUUGGUAGCCGUCGCGACAUGACCCAACGAUAUGAAGAUGGAAUGGCGAUUGUUCUUAAAGAGGGAAAGCCAGAUAUUUUUCUCACAAUGACAUGCAAUCCAUCUUGGACUGAAAUAACUUCAGAACUCAACCCAGUUCAAACUCCACAAGAUCGUCCAGAUCUAACAACAAGAAUUUUUCGAGCCAAAUUUGAACAGCUGAAAGAGGAUGUAAUUACUAAGGGUGUCUUGGGAAAGGUGAAGAGCUAUAUUUAUGUCACUGAGUUUCAAAAAAGAGGGUUUCCACAUGUACAUAUGUUGCUAAUCUUAGAAAAUAAUGACAAGUUAAUUGACCCGGAGCAAUAUGAUAGUUUGGUACGUGCAGAGAUACCAUCUAAAGAAGUAGAACCACACCUACAUGAUGCUGUGCUAAAACAUAUGAUUCAUGGUCCUUGUGGUACACUUGAUCAAUCUUCACCCUGCAUGAAAAAUGGCAAAUGUAAACGCAACUACCCAAAAGAGUUCGCAGCAGAAACACGAAGAGGUGACGACUCAUAUCCGCAAUAUAGGCGACGAUUCGACACUCCAGUACAAAUUAACCAAAAUGUCACGGUUGACAAUAGAUGGAUAGUUCCGUACAACCCUUGGCUACUACUAAAGUAUGAUUGCCAUAUUAAUGUUGAGAUAUGUAGUAGCAUCAAGAGUAUAAAGUAUCUCUGCAAAUAUUGCUACAAGGGUCCAGACCGGGUUGCAAUGGAAGUUCACAACAGUUCUAAUGUUGACGAGGUCCAACAGUUUGUUGAUGCAAGAUGGAUUGCUGCUCCAGAGUUCUUUGCUCUAAAUCGUGAGGAGGACCAACAAUCUAGGCAUCUUUUGUACAGGGAAAUUCCAGAGUAUUACACUUGGCACAACAAGGAAAAGGAAUGGCGUCGGCGCAAGACACAGAGGAGAUCCAUCGGUAGAAUUUAUACUGUAUCACCUUCAGAAGGAGAAAAAUUCUAUUUGCGUAUUCUGUUAUCUAAUGUCAGAGGACCAAUCAGUUGGGAUGACUUGCUAACAGUGAAUGGGAUCCAAUAUUCGUCCUUCAAGCAAUCUGCUCAACAUCGAGGAUUGUUAGAGAGUGAUAGUAGCAUCCGUGAAUGUUUGGUUGAGGCAUCUGUUUUACGAUUGCCAUGUGCUUUACGAAGGUUGUUUGCAACCAUCUUAAUAUUUUGUGAGCCUACAGAUGUAAGAAGCUUAUGGGAUGAAUUUUUUUCAUAUAUGAUGGAUGAUUAUCCGUCAACCAGCACCACAACAGCCUUAGUGUUCAUAAAUUGGCUACUCAGGGAUAUAAAUGAUAUACUCCUUCAGCACGGAAAACAGAUUACACAAUACGAUUUGCCAGCUCUAACUCAUGAAAAUGACAAUGACAACUCGAUACCCAGAGUUAUCCAAGAAGAAUUGUCUGUCGAAGUACCCCGGGAAGACCUGUGUUCCGUAACAAGAUUGAACAAUGACCAGUCUAAAGCUUUCAAGUGCAUUAUGAAUACAAUUGAUCGAAGAGAAAGUGGAGUGUUCUUUGUUGAUGGGCCAAGAGGAUCAGGCAAAACAUUUCUUUACAGAGCUAUAAUUGCAGAAUUGAGAAAUAAGGGUCAUAUUGUCUUGGUAACUGCAUCAUCAGGAAUAGCCGCAACAUUAUUGCCUGGGGGUCGAACAGCUCAUUCUAGGUUUAAGAUCCCAAUUAAUGCAGAACCAUCGUCCAUUUGCAACAUAAGCAAACAAUCAGAUCUUGCAAAGCUGAUUAGACAAACAACGGCAAUCAUCUGGGAUGAAGCACCUAUGGCAAAUAAAGAAUCGGUGCAAUCAUUAGACCGCACUCUGAGAGAUAUAUUAGCAAACGAUAUGCCAUUUGGAGGAAAAGUGAUGGUGAUGGGAGGAGAUUUCCGCCAAGUACUGCCUGUGGUACCGAAAGGUAGUAAGUCACAAAUGAUUUCAGCUUCUAUAGUUAAGUCUCAAUUAUGGGCUUCCACUAAAAUUCUCCAUUUGCGACAAAAUAUGCGAUCUUCUAAUGAUCAUGUUUUUGCUGAGUACCUUAUUCGCAUUGGUGAUGGAAUUGAACCCACCAUACAUGAAGACUUUGUACGGAUACAAGCAAAUAUAGCAAUUCCGUGGGAGGGUGAAACAUCGUUACACAAGUUAAUAGAAGAAAUAUUUCCAAACUUACAAUCUCAUGGGUGGGACGCUUCUUACAUGGUAGAAAGGGCAAUAUUGACGCCAAAAAAUCAUGAUGUGCAACAGCUUAAUGAUAUAAUUAUCAACCAGUUUCCAGGAGAAGAACGAAAUUUAGUGUCAUUUGAUGAAGUAGAAGGAGAUGCUAAUAAUUUAUAUCAACAAGAAUAUCUUAACUCAGUUUCUACAGGCGGGUUGCCACCUCAUGUGUUGAAGGUAAAAAGAGGUGCACCUUUGAUGUUAUUGAGAAACAUAGACCCUAAGGCCGGCUUAUGCAAUGGUACAAGGUUACUAUGUCGUGGAACUUUUCAAAACAUGUUGGACGUAGAAAUUUUAACCGGUCAUCACUGUGGAAGAAGAGCUUUCUUGCCUCGGAUAAAACACAAAACAACAGAAAAUACAGGACUGCCAUUUAUCCUUAUCCGGAAGCAAUUUCCUGUAAGGUUGAGUUUUGCAAUAACAAUAAACAAAUCACAAGGACAGACAAUUCCUAAAGUAGGGAUCUAUCUCCCUAAACAUGUAUUUAGCCAUGGCCAAUUAUAUGUUGCUCUGUCUCGAAGUAUUUCUCAGUCAACUACAAAAAUUUUAGUCAAAGAAGGAAAAAUAGAUGGAACAAGUGGAGAAUUUACCAGAAAUGUAGUUUUCAAAGAAAUAUUGUUACCUUCCCCAGUUAGGAUAUUUUGGACUCAAAUGGCUGCGAAUAGGCGAGGACGCCCUCGACUGGAAGGAACAAGUGAGGGAACUUUCCCUGAUGCAACGGCUAUUCUCGAAUCCGUAAACGCUAUGGUCGCUGCUGUACGUGAAUCAAUAGCUGCUACUAACCGAGUAGCUGAACGUCUUGAUCGUCAGAAUGGAGUUGAAAAUAACCAUGGGCCUAGACAAGAAAAUGAAAAUGGCGAAGAAGGUGAAGCUGGACUACGUAACCGGCCCAUGACUCUAGCCACUUUCUUGAAGAUAAAUCCGCCUCAAUUCCAUGGGAACACUAGUGCUACACGAGCUGAUGACUGGUUUAAAGAAAUAGGACGAGCAAUGCGAGCCCAACAAGUCCCUGAAGGACAGCGAGUGGAAUUUGCUGCUUAUAUGUUGAGGAAUGACGCGCAACAUUGGUGGCAGGGAAUACUCCAACUACUAGGAAGAGAAGCUAUUGACAUCUCCUGGGAGGAAUUUUCAGUUGAAUUUUAUAAGAAGUAUUUUCCUGAGUGUUCUCGCACCGCUAAGGAAUUGGAGUUGCUUCAGUUGAAACAAGGAAACAUGACAGUCAGUGAGUACUCUCGCAAGUUUGAAGAGUUAUGCCGGUUCUCGAACAUUUCUCAAGGAGCACCAGCUGCAUUCGAGAAACGGAAGUGCAUCCAGUUCGAAGGAGGACUUAGAGAAGAACUGUUAGCUCAUGUGGGCCCGAUGGAAAUACAGAAUUUUGCAGAAUUAGUUAACAAGAGCCAACUGAAGGAAGAAUGUGUAAAGAAGCUGGUGGCAGCACAAACUAAGCACAGAAACCUUCCAACAAGGGAUUUCAAUCGUAACCUCGCUCCUCAAGGAAGAAACUUCAAAGUAACUCGGCAACCGGACUUAGGCAAACAAUUGCAAUUGACCCAACCAAGACUGAUAUGCAUUGUGUGUGGAAGGAAUCAUGGGGGAAAACCCUGCUUGCUGAAGUCUGGGGUUUGCUUUAAUUGCGGAAAGCCCGGACAUAUAGCCAAAGAAUGCAUUCGACGAAAGCCUGAAUUUGGUUCCCCUGGACAGCAACAGCCAGGAAGGGUGUUUGUCUUGGAUGCGGAAAAUACUACCAAAACCGAUCCCCACACUCGAGCGUUCGCUGACACGCAUAGGUUUAUAUAUAAGUAG